AUGGUUGAAGAUGAGCACAGAGCACCCUCCGUUCAUUCCUCGAUCACUCUCCCACCCGAUGCAGAGACGAAUAUUCAUUUACAGCGUUUCGUGUCACCAGGCCACGGUGAAUCUGCCAUCCCUGCAGACCCCAAAGAGGAAGAAAUAGAGCGACAUGAAGACGACUGGGAAGACGAUACCAGAAAUCCUCGAAAUUGGACUCUGAAAAAGAAAUGGAUCACUGUUUCAAUCGUCUCUCUCUAUACUUUUGUCUCGCCGCUUGCUAGUUCCAUGAUGGCACCAGGUCUACCACUCCUAGCAGUGCGAUAUCAGAUCACCAAUCAGACCGUCAUCGCUCUAACACUCAGCAUCUUCCUGCUGGCGUUCGCCCUUGGGCCCUUAUUUCUAGCCCCAUUAUCAGAGAUGUAUGGUCGCACAUGGGUCCUGCACAUCGGGAACUUGUUUUCCCUGGCUUUCAACAUGGGGUGCGCGUACGCGCCUAACACGGGAGCUUUAAUAGGAUUUCGACUCCUCGCUGGCCUGUCGGGGAGUGCACCUAUAGCGUGUGGUGGAGGAACUAUUGGGGAUCUCUUCUCAGAACGUGACCGUGCUUCUGCUAUGGCUCUUUACAGUCUUGGUCCGCUCAUUGGCCCCGCAAUUGGUCCCGUUGCUGGUGGUUUCAUUGCAAAUUCAAUAGGUACCAAAUAUGUCUUUGUGAUCAUCUCAGGACUAUGCUUGUUAUCCGCUGUCAUUGCGCUGCCGCUAUUAGAGGAAACUUACGCGCCCGUUAUCCGAGAACGUCUUGCCAAACGCUCGGGGGACCUCGAAAAGGCUGCGUAUUUCCACCAUCCCACCGCGCAAAUGAGCAAAUUGGAGUAUCUAUGGAUCAAUAUUUCCAGGCCCCUCAUUUUGCUCUUCCGGAGCUUCAUCUGCUUCAUUCUGAGUCUAUACAUGGCGUUUAUGUAUGGAAUCUACUACUUGAUGUUCACGACAUUCCCGACGGUUUUCGAUGACAUAUACGGCUUCAAUAUCGGUGUAGGAGGGCUUGUAUAUCUUGGAAUAGGCUUCGGCUUUCUUGCCGCCUCAGCAUUCGGUGCUAAGACUGCUGAUCAGGUCUACCACUAUUUGGCAAAGAGGGACAACAAUGGCGUCGGUAAACCAGAAAUGCGUAUUCCUGCAUUAUUCUUUGGAUCUUUCUUCGUUCCCAUUGGGUUGUUCUGGUAUGGAUGGUCUGCUCAGGCCCGUGUUCAUUGGAUCAUGCCAAUCAUUGGCUCUGGUAUUUUUGGAUUCGGUACGAUGACGACAUUCAUUCCCAUACAACUAUAUCUGGUCGAUACAUUCAAGUACGCCGCUAGUGCACUUGCUGCUGCGUCGGUCUUCCGAUCUUUACUGGGCUUCGCAUUCCCUUUGUUCGGUGAACAGAUGUUUGAUACCCUCGGGCUUGGGGGCGGAAACUCAUUACUGGCUGGCUUGGCUAUUCUCCUAGGUAUUCCAUUCCCUAUAUGGAUCUACUACAAGGGAGAAUCCGUCCGGUUGAAAAGCGACUUAAGUCGCUGA